AUGAAUUCUGAAUUUUUGAAUUUGUUUACAGAAAACUUAAGCCAUGAUGGAAUUGUAAUGAGUGUUGAGAACAAGUCAGCUAUGGAAACUUCUCUGAGAGUAAUUAAAAAUGAAAUGAAGUUUGACGAGCUGUUUUAUUGGGGACGCAUAUCAACCCUUAGCUUGCCAUAUUACAUCGUGCAAGGAGUGGAAAAUGGCAACAAAGCCAUGGAUCGAAGAACACUUUACAGUCAGGACUGCGUCAACUGGGCCUUGCUCAAUCCACCCAGCGAAAAACUCAAGAAAGAUAUUCGAAAGACGAGAAAUUUUUUGACUGGCGAAAUUAGUGCCACCGGUGAAGAGGAAGAAGAAGAAGAGGAAGCAGAAGAGUACGAAUACGAUAGCGGACAAGCUGAACUGCCAGUUAAACUGAAAGAAAUUGAUCGAUUGACGGGUUUGAUAGAUUGGAUAGAUACAGACACCAAAGUCGUGCCAAGAGGGGCCUACACAAAUACAGUUAACGGUUUUGUUACAGAAAAUCCGCUUUUUAUAGGGUUGACAUCAGCGGAGGCAAGCAAACUUUACAAUUACAGACAUUUUCGACCAGCGAUAAGACUGUUAGAAAAAACUAUUCUGUAUAGGGCGGAUUUAGACAGGUCAAUAGAUUUUUUAGACCCAAUAUCGGAGGAUCCACCGAGCAACAUUAGUUGGUGCCUACAGUACGAAAGAGGUGGGGGUUUAGUUUCUGUCAAAAGUUUGCUCUGGCCUGGCUACAUCUUCUACCACAUUCCAAAUACGAGAUUUUUUGGAUCAGUUUAUUACGGAAAUGGAAUGAAAAACAUGGAUCUGCCGUUUAUGAUUUAA